CAGAGCCAAGAACAGGGGCUGAAAACUGGAAGUCCAGGCAUGCGGCCAGCUCUGCAGUGGGCGCUUGAGGAGGGCAGUGGCCCUGCCGCCAGCCAUCCGUCUGCACACCUACCUGGCUGCCUGGUUGCCUGCUGUUUGUCGGGAAACCUCUGUCAGUCCAUCUGUCUGUUUGUCUGUGGCCCCCGUCUAUUUGUCCAUUUGUCCAAUCAUCUGUGAGUCUAUCUGCUCAUCUUCUUGCCCCUUCAUCCACCCGCCUCUGUGCAUCUCUCUGUCCACUGGCCUGUGUGUCCCUGCCUCUCCUCUCCCCGCCGGGCCACAGGAGACAUGGCCAAGGGCCGUGGGACCACGGUCAGCAUGGCCCUGCUUGGGCUGGGGAUGGUGCUGGCCAUCAUUGUGCCUGCCGUGGUCUUGUCUCGGCAACGCAUCCGCUGUGGCCCCAAGGCCUUUGCCCACGCUGCGGUUGCUGCAGACUCCAAGAUCUGCUCGGACAUUGGACGAGCCAUCCUCCAGAAGCACGGUUCACCUGUGGAUGCCACCAUCGCGGCUCUGGUCUGCACUGGGGUUGUCAACCCCCAGAGCAUGGGCCUGGGUGGAGGAGUCAUCUUCACUAUCUACAACGCGACCACAGGGAGGGUCGAGGUCAUCAACGCCAGGGAGAGAGUGCCUGCCAGCCACGUUGCGGGUCUGCUGGACCAGUGUGAGCAGGCCCAGCCUCUGGGCACAGGCGCCCAGUGGAUCGGGGUGCCUGGGGAGCUCCGUGGCUACGCCGAGGCCCACCGCCGCCACGGCCGCCUGCCCUGGGCGCAGCUGUUCCAGCCCACCAUUGAGCUGCUCCAAGGGGACCUGCGUGUGCCCCACAUCCUUGGCCAGUUCCUGCAGAGCAGCUUCCUGAGGCCUUCCCUGUAUGCGUCCUCCCUGAGGCAGCUCUUCUUCAACGGGACAGAGCCCCUGAGGCCUCAGGACCCACUCCUGUGGCCCGCUCUGGCCUCCACCCUGGAGACGGUGGCCGCGGAAGGCGCAGAGGCCCUGUAUACAGGGAGACUGAGCCAGCUGCUGCUAGACGACAUCGCCAGGGAAGGCGGCCAGCUGACUCGGAAGGACCUGGCCUCAUUCCAGGUGGAGGUGGUGGAUGCCCUGGCCAUGCCCCUGGGGGACUACACCUUGUACUCACCGCCGCCGCCUGCAGGGGGCGCGCUUCUCAGCUUCGUCCUCAACGUGCUCAAAGGGUUCAACUUUUCCAAAGAGUCCGUGGCCAGACCCGAGGGGAGAGUGAACUUGUACCAUCACCUUGUGGAGACGCUCAAGUUUGCCAGGGGGCAGAGGUGGCGGCUGUGGGAUCCUUGGAGCCACCCCGAGGUCCAGAAUGCCUCCUGGGACCUGCUGGGGGAGGCUCUGGCCCAGCACAUCCGUGAGCAGAUAGACGCCCGGGGUGACCACCAGCUCAGCCACUACAGCCUGGCUGGGUCCUGGAGCCACAGGAUGGGCACAGCUCAUGUGUCUGUGCUGGGGGAGGACGGCAGUGCUGUGUCCGCCACCAGCACCAUCAACACGCCCUUUGGAGCCAUGGUGUACUCACCCCACACGGGCAUCCUCCUCAACAAUGAACUCCUGGACCUGUGCUGGAGGCACCCACGUGGCUCUGGAAUACCCCCACCACCCGCACACAGUGGUGAACAGAGUCGGGGUGGCCCUGGAGGCUCAGAAGCGAGGCUGCAGAUGACAUCUCUCUGGCCUCCAGUUCCAGGUGAGCGGCCCCCAUCAUCCAUGGUCCCCUCCAUCUUGGUCAACGCAGCCCAGGGGUCAAAGCUGGUGAUCGGCGGGGCCGGCGGGGAGCUCAUCAUCUCUGCUGUGGCCCAGGCCAUUGUGAACAAGCUGUGGCUGGGCCUUGACCUGCAGGCCGCCAUUGCAGCCCCUAUCCUGCACGUGGACAGCAAGGGCCAGGUGGAGUAUGAGCCCAGCUUCAGCCAGGAGGUGAAGGAGGGGCUCCAGGACCGGGGCCAGAACCAGAUCAAGAGACUCAUCUUCCUGAACGUGGUCCAGGCAGUGUCCCAGGACAGGGCCUGCGUGUACGCUGUGUCGGACCCACGGAAGCAUGGGGCACCCUCGGGCUACUGAAGGAGAUGCUCUGGGACCUGAGGUCCUGCCCACUGCCCAGGUACACCCAGGCUGGCCAGUGCUCCAGCAGGAUCUGGACCCUGGGGCUGGGCAGUCAGCCUGGUGCUGCAAGAGGUGGGGACAGCCCAGCAGACAGAUGGCUGGGGGGACCGAGCCCACCCCUAGAGCCCCUUGUGGCCCUGCCCUGGCCCCUCCAGCCUCCCUAGGCCUCUCCCCCAGGACUGUGCCCUGUCCUCUGUGGCUCAUACCCCACCUGUGUUUCCUCCAAUCCGAAAUUAAAGGAGAGGCUACACCAUG